CCCAGACCUCAAUUAAGGGUUGGCAGUGGAGGCAAGGGUAUUUGGCUAGAGAUCUCUGCUUAGCUGUGGCCUUUUGAAGAGACUUGUUGCUCGUGUAAGAAGUGGAUGGUUGAUGAUGUACUGUAAUCUUGGGUUGAUUCAUUAUAUCCCGACUGAUUGAAACACUCAGCUUGCAUUGGAAGGGCUGAAAUCCGAGGGCAAAUCAGAAGCCUCGAGAGCAAGGGGAGUCAUGGAACCGGGACCCUUCAUCUUUCCCUGACUGCGCGCUGAACUCCUACGCGGAACUGACAGAUACAGCUGUCUUAUCGACUCGGUAGCUUAGCCGUGGGUUUGGCUAACGAGCCGCUGCCCGAGGCUGGGCCGGGCCGGCACAUCGGUGCGCGCUGGGGGAGGAGAAAGCGGCUGGGAGCGUGCUUGGCUCCCCGCACCGGAGAUGUGCGCGGCUGGCUGCGAGGGCUGGCGCUAGCGGCGGAGCGGUGGACACCGGCACGGAGCACCGGCACAGAGCCCUGCGUGCCGCUGCCGCGGGGAGACAGCCUGAGCCGGAGGGACAAGCUGGAGGGAUCAUGACAGAGCCAAGCAGCAGAAAGGAAGGGUUUAAAAAAUGCCGGAGCGCUACUUUCAGCAUCGAUGGCUAUAGCUUUACUAUUGUUGCAAAUGAGACGGGUGACAAAAAUGCACGGCCACUUUCACGAUUUGCCCGGUCUAAAUCACAGAACUGCUUGUGGAACACCAUUAUCGGUGGGCUGACUGGCAACCUCAAGGAAAGACCAAAGCCCACCAUCAUCAGUGACCCCAGACCUCCUGAAGAGAUCCUUGCAGAUGAGCUGCCACCUGUGGACAGUCCCGAGGCAUUGGUGAAAGCAUCUUUCAGAUUGCGAUCUUUGGUAAAGCAGCUAGAAAGAGGGGAAGCUUCCGUUGUAGACCUAAAGAAAAACUUGGAAUAUGCUGCGACGGUCCUUGAGUCAGUAUACAUUGACGAAACUAGGCGUUUACUGGACACAGAAGAUGAACUCAGUGAUAUCCAAUCUGACUCCGUGCCCUCAGAGGUCCGGGACUGGUUGGCUUCUACUUUCACACGGCAAAUGGGGAUGAUGCUCAAAAGGACAGAGGAGAAACCCCGGUUCAGGAGUAUUGUCCAUGCUGUACAAGCUGGGAUAUUUGUGGAAAGAAUGUACAGGCGGACGUCCAAUAUGGUUGGCUUGAGCUACCCACCAGCUGUAAUUGGAGUGCUAAAGAAUGUAGACAAGUGGUCCUUCGAUGUGUUUGCACUAAACGAUGCCAGUGGAGAUCAUGCACUGAAAUUCAUUUUCUAUGAACUUCUCACACGCUAUGAUCUGAUCAAUCGUUUCAAGAUUCCCAUUUCUGCCCUGGUGUCCUUCGUGGAAGCUCUGGAGGUUGGAUACAGCAAACACAAAAAUCCUUAUCACAACCUAAUGCAUGCUGCAGAUGUGACACAAACAGUCCAUUACCUCCUUUUCAAGACAGGUGUAGUGCACUGGCUGACAGAGCUGGAGAUCUUCGCCAUGAUCUUUGCAGCUGCUAUCCAUGAUUAUGAACACACAGGAACCACCAACAAUUUUCACAUCCAAACACGGUCAGACUCAGCCAUUCUGUAUAAUGACCGGUCUGUGCUUGAAAAUCACCAUGUUAGUGCAGCAUAUCGUCUUUUACAAGAUGAUGAAGAGAUGAAUAUUUUAUCUAAUCUCUCAAAAGACGACUGGAGGGAGUUCAGAGCUCUGGUGAUUGAGAUGGUGUUAGCCACCGAUAUGUCCUGUCACUUCCAGCAAAUCAAAGCCAUGAAGAAUGCUCUGCAGCAGCCAGAAGGAAUUGACAAGCCGAAAGCCUUAUCACUGUUGUUGCAUACAGCAGAUAUCAGUCAUCCAGCCAAGGCCUGGGACCUCCAUCACCGCUGGACCAUGUCUCUGCUAGAGGAGUUCUUCAGACAGGGUGACAAAGAAGCUGAACUAGGGCUUCCCUUCUCUCCACUGUGUGACCGCAAGUCCACUAUGGUUGCUCAGUCUCAAAUAGGUUUCAUUGAUUUCAUCGUGGAACCCACUUUUACUGUGCUGACUGAUAUGACUGAGAAGAUUGUGACACCGCUCAUAGAUGAAGCUUCCCGUUCUGGCAUGUCUGGGUUCAGACGUUCCAGUCUGAAUAGCAUUAGUCCCUCUGAAGUUAAGAGAUCAAGUGUCAAGAGCACUGGGUCAGAAGGAAGUGCCUCACUCAACUGCUCCAUACUCACUGUGGACUUCAAAUGUUUUAAAGCCACCUGGACUGAGGUGGUGCAACAGAACCGGGAGAAAUGGAAAGCACAAGCCACCAAAGAAGAAAAAGCUAAGAAAGAAGCAGAGGAAAGUGUUCAUCAGGGAACAGAUGAAAAGAAAACAGAUGAAAAGGAUGAGAAGCCAACUGAAGAUGCCACAGCAGCAAAGACGGAGAACAGCAAAGAACCAAAUCUUGGGGAAAACAAAAGUUCAGAUUCCAAUGAAAAUUCCCACUUAAAUGGGACUGGGCAAACUGGAGUGACCAGAUAUGAAGCUUCUCAAGGAAAAAGUGCUCCUAGGACAGAUAAGGGAAUGGAUUCUCAUCACACAUCGAGAGAAGAGAAACAUGUCCAGAAUGGUGAAAUAAAGGAAGACAGUAUGGCAGACAAAAAAGAUCAAUCUAGUGUGGGAAAUGAAUCAAAGAAAACAGAUGGUCCAGCACGACUUUUGGGAAUCUCACUGGGCUCUGGUCCCUCAGCAAACCGCCUCACGCUGCCAGCCAUCAAACCUCAGCUGUGUCACCUCAACAGGCCCACCCACAGCUCAGGACCCUAUUUUCCAGCCUUCCACAAGAAAUCAGAGGAACAUCCUGUGAGGUAUAAACUCCUUGACCAAAGGGGAAGGAUGAAAAAGAUCCAAAACAUUUCCCAGAGCUGGACUAGGAAAUAGCAGAAGAGCUGAAGAGGCAUCCAUCUGGAAUGAAGCUCCUCACGGGCUGGUGAAGGAUGCUGUGCAACCAUUGCAUGGGCCACACUGCAUGUACAGUACAGCAGCUGUUAAUCCUAGAUAAAUGCAAGUGUGGAAUUUAACUAAAUAUAAUGAACAUUUUCCUAGAAAUGUUCCCAAUAGUCUGCUUAUUUUUAAAGCAUACACUCACCUAGUAAUAAAAUAUUGGACUGUUACCUUAAAAUGCAAUUGUAUACCACUGUUUCAUGUCAAAUUAAGGAAGCCAAUGCUUUUUUAAAUUGUUGAGCUUGUUAUAAUGUUCUCACUGUGACUUGCUGCCUAGCACAGGUAAUACAACUCCCAUUUCAGGCAGUGUAAAAAAGAUUUUCCUUGCCAAAUUGAAUGUUCUCCUACCAUAGUGCGGUAGGUGCUCAGGAGAAUGAAGGUAUGAGGUUGGAAUAUAAAUUGUUUCACUCGCUAGGGAAAAGAAGACAUAGCAGGACAUUAAAAUUGUGCCUCGUGUGACCUCAGCUGUAUGUUUAUUAGUUCUUUGCCAUUAAUUUAUCUGAAUGAGAUCCCACGUGUUCUUGUGGUGCACAGUAUCCCAUGCACCUCAGAUUCUUCACUCUGUGAAGGAUUUGCUCUCAUUCCUACAUUUUAUGCUGUGAGAAACAGUGGCAAAUAACUCCCUUUCUUCUUCAUGCCCCUGGUGAUUUAUAUCAGCUCUCCCAGCUGAUGAAGUCUGUUCUGUUUCUACUGUCCUCACAGUGAAACCUACUUAUUCUACUUUUUAUCUUCCUCGCUGUUCUUCUCUUUAUCUUUUUUAAUCUCUAUUUGAGAAGACCUGAACUGCACAUGAUACUCAUAAUGCAGGUAUACCAGAAAUUCUGCCAAUUACACUGAAGUAAGCUUCCUCUUCUUCUUUCUUCUUCUUCUCCUUCUUUUCUUUUUUUUUUCUUUUUUACCUUACUUUCCUUAUUUCUCUGCCCUGCUUGUCGUCUUUUUCUACCAGCACCUUUUCCAAACCACAUCUUCUGGAUAAGCACAGUGGAUAGCAGAGAGUUUCAUUCUCCCAUACUGUGAAGGCUGACCAUUUUAUGCCUUCCCCAUAACCCCCACAGUUGAUCAGUUAUUUAUCCAUGUUCAGUUCAUAUGUUAAGAUCUUCUCUCAGUCGGUGACAGAUCAGUAGCUUCUCAACAUAUCUUCUGGAAAUCCCUAUGGCUUCCUCUGGAGAAGUCUCAAAAGAUGUGUGAGGCAGGGUUUCUCCUGUAAAAACUGCACUAAUCUCUCUAUGUUGUAUCUACGGCUGCAUCGAUUAAUUCUAUUAUUCAGAUCUCCUAAAAGUCGAUUCAUUGUGAAAUCAUAUUCUGAUACAUACAUAUCAGAAUGUCCGACAUCAAAACUGCACCAGUGUAUGCAAGUAACACUGAUGUAUGAGAGUUACAGUACAACACAGCUGGCUUGUUGCUGAUGAACAGAUCUGGGGCAUCCUCUCCUGUCUGUUAGAGAUCACUGCAGUUCCAGAUGUACUUGCCCUGAGUGGCAUCUUUCCAUAGCGCUACCCUAGAAAUGUCCACAAACACAUCCAACAGCUGACCAAGCACUCUGAUGUCCCUGUGUCACUUAUUUUUGUCUGCUUGUUUAAUAUUUGUGAUGUUGACCUUAAGCACUAUCAGAACUCAUGACUCUAGCAGCCGGCCUGGAUUACUGCCUAAACUGAAUGCAAAGAGGAAUGCACUUCAAAGCCAUCUGUUUAUGAAAUGGGAAUAUAACUCUAGGAAUUUCCUGAGAAUUAUAUUUUGCUGUAGAGUACCCCGCAAUGUUUUACAUAAGCAGGCUGUAUGGAAACUCAAAAUUAUACUGUUCUUCCAAAUGCGUUUUCUGUCUGUGUUGUUUCCUUCACUUCAGGACAGUUUACCAGCUAACAUAGUCCUGUGCCAUCAACAUCUUAAAUGGGAUUGGUUUUUGUCCUUAUUCUCCUGACUCACACUCUGUCAUGAAGCACAGAUAAGUCACAAUCUUGAUUUUACUCCUGGGUAGUUAAGGCACAGGGAAAUGAACUGAUUUAUCUGGGGCCUCACAGGGAGUAUACCUGGCUGCUGGAAACUUAAUCCCAUUCUGAUCAGAUUCUUCUUUGCUCACAUUCUUCUUCGCUCACAUUCUUCUUCAACCGAACCCACGCUGUGCUGUGUUGCUCUCUAAUGGAGUCCCUACUAGAAAGUCAGUAUAUUCACCUGAGUGGCAUAAAGAGGUUUUAUGUUUCAUUCUUCCUGGAGCUAGGGCAGGUGAAGGCAGAUUGUGGCAGACUGUGAUGUGCAUUAGAAAGAUGUCUCGUGAUGUCCCUUCCCUCUUCUAAAGCUUCCUGCUUUAGAUCUAACAAGUACUUUAAAGAGAGGGAGAAAGGAUGUUUGUGCAGACUGCUCCUUGAAAAUGUUGGGCAUGUCAUGAAAACUACUCCUAAGGGAAACUGGUUGUGUUAAUGGCAUCCAGCCCGGUGCACAGAAUGUAUGCUUGGAGAGGAUGUGCUCCUCUGCUCAGUCCAACCCCGCCAUCUAGCGUACACCAAAAGGCAAUUUUCUAGCUAUGAAGUUUAGAAGGGGAAUCUGUGUUAUUUGAGGGAGAGCUAGCUUUGCAACGCGCUCUACUUUUUGUUUUUAUUUUUAUUUUUUAAUCUCAGUGAUUUCUGAAAUAACCACUUGCUAGCAACGUAGAAUCUGGUCCAGAGUGACCCCUAAUGCCAUUUAGAUUUUAUUAUGAAUUAUUCAUUGCAAUUGCGUAAUUUAUUGUGUUUGGUUUUGUUUGUUUCUUUGCUUGCUUUUCCUGUUCAGGGUAUUUGUGAACUGAGUCUUUGCUUGGUCGCUAUGCAAGUAAGUUUGGUGCUGGUUUUUGAGAGGGAGUUUUUGUUGUUGUUGUUUUCUUUUUGUCUGUUUGUUUGUUUUAGAAAAGAAAGUCUGAAUUGAAAACCUAAAUGUUCAGAUCUAUGCUGAGUGAGGCACAGGGAGGCCUCCAUCGUUCCAUAUGUUUUAUGUAGUUCUGUAAACAAGUAAAGAAUAGGAAAGAAGAUUGGUUCCCAUGUCCUCAAGGGCAAUCAGAGCUGCAAAAACAGAGAUUGGAGGAGAAAGGGGAGGAGGAGGAACAAGGGGCUUUGUCUCAGCAUCAUGAAUGAGUCAUUCAUGGGUCUUUUUAGGUGACGAAGCAGAUGGGUUCACAAGGCACAUUUGGUUCUGGACAGGACAUGUCCCCACCUCCUUCUCCCUUCUUGUGGCCUUUUCUUCAGUCCUGCUGCUCAGCUGACUGAUCAGCAUGAGUCCUUCAGGCUGAUCCCUAGCUAUCUUCUUCCAUGUACUCCGUGUGGGGCCGCAAUGAGUGAAGAGAAAUUGUCUUGGUGUGCACAUAAAAUACACAAUGUAGUUAACGUACAAGUCAUGUGUAAAUCAUAAAACUUAUUUUUUUAUUUUCUUAUUAAACAAAAGCAGAGGGCAACAAAAUAAUAAAACUAGUGGGAUAUUUGACUUGUUUUUAAGAAACUAAUGCACCAGUGUCUGGUUCAAUGGAAGGGAGGUCUGUGUCCUCCCCAGGGUAUCCAAACUCAGCCAAGUUUGACUGAAUCAAACACACAGCACCAACAAUCAGUCCUCUAAAUGUGCCAUCUGCACCAGAGGCCUUCACGAAAAAUCAUGAGCCAAAGGCAAAAAAGCUAUGAAUGAGCUGAGAUGGGACCCUGCCCCAAAGCUCUCUUUUCAAUACCCCUAUUCCCGAGAUUGCAGAGAUCCAAGCUGCUUAUUUAGAGCCGUGACUGAUACCCAGCUGUUCUUUGUGUGCUGCCAUGGAAGGCCUGACUUCACCUUAAACAAGGAGAGAACAGGCUGAGGACAGCAAACCCUAAUUGCUCUUCUUUUCCUUGGGGUGAAGACCCCACCACCAGGUCGCAAGGACCUCACAGGCCUUCCAAUGCACUGCCCUGCAGUCCCAGUGUGACUGCCCAGAGGACUGUGGGCCCUCUUCUCCCUGUCUCUCCUUGGAGAUCAUGUUAGAAGAGGUGCCACCUUCUCACACUCAGGGGCAUUGGUGAGGGAUGGGAAAGGACAGCUGAUACAACCCUUGAAACUAAACAGUUUUUAAUGACUGCAUCUCCUUGGUUGUCUGUGAGGUGUCAGUAUGCUUUGUCCCCUCUCCGCUACUGUCUGGUACCAGGACAACUCCAUCCCUGAAGGCAGCUUCAGGGUGCUCAAGAACCCCUGCCCUGACCCUCUUGGUACGUUCCAGGCAGCUGCAGGGUGGUUGAGAACCCCCAGCACUGCCUCCCUCCC